UAUAAAGUAUGAGUGAGGAAAGGAGAGAGGAUCCUCUUUAAUGUGUGGAAAAAUAAAUAGAAAGAGGAAGAGGAAGGAGAUAGUGGGAAAUGAUGUGGAACAAAGAGAAUAUGAUGUGUGAAAAGAGGAAAAGGAGAGAGAGUAGAAGAGAGGAUAUAAGUAUCCUCUAUUCCUCUCCAAUAAUAUUGCUCUAAGACAAAAGAGUGGUGAAUUUUUUUUUCUUCUAGUGGUACAAAUUUUGUACCACUGUUACGUAUAAUGACUAUAAAUAGUACUACUAAAACAACUUAUAAUCUAGUUGUAUAAAAUCCAUGUAUAAUAGUACAUUAAAAAUACCAUUGUAAGUAUAAUAGUACAUUAAAAAUACCACUAUAGCAAUAAAAAAUCACAAAAAUUAAGUGAAUUUACCAAUUAGCCCUCCUAUAUGUAUUCCAAACAAAUAGCAGCUAUGCAUCUAGUUGCUAUUGCAUCCCAAUAAAAGAGAAUGAAAUGGAUAUUGGGUGUUUAAAUAAUCCUAUACCAUUGAUGUUGUAAAUUGUAAGUAGUAAAAGUAAUUAUUUAAAUCUAUUUUAAUUAGUCUAAGUAUAUGAACCUCCUCUUUCCAAAAAACAAAAAAAAAGUAUAAAGGCACCCCAUCAGUACUCUCCGUACUCUUUAAUUAGUUGACCCAUUGACUCUUUAGUUGACUUAACUUAAGCCUGCGCUUAGCAUAGAGAUCCCUGCAUAUAAAGGCAUUACCUUCACAAGUUAAAAAUAAAGAGUUUAAACACUUAAUUCUCUGUGUUAGAAGUAAUCAUGAUGAUUAGGUGGAAAUUAGUGGAAAAAUACAUGAUAUGGUUAAUACUAUUGGUAACACCCUUUCUAGUUCUUCAAUUUGGUCAUGUAGAAUGUUGUUUAGAAGAGGAGCGUCUUGCUUUACUUGAACUUAAGGCAUAUAUGAAUUCAUAUAAUUCAAACCCAAAUAAUUCGACAAUUCCAUGGUCCAACCCCAGAGAGAUUAAUUGUUGCAAAUGGUCUGAGGUUCGCUGCAAUGUGUCCUCUGGACGCGUUACCAAGCUUAUCCUCGGGCAAUUAGUGGCGAGAGAUGAUGAAGAUGCAAUGAAAAAGCCAUGGCUAUUCAAUGUGUCAUUGUUCCGCCCGUUUAGCCAACUCAUAUCCCUCGACUUGUCGUAUAAUGACAUCAACGGCUUGGUAGAGGAUGACGGUUCAACAAAGAUCUCCACUUUGAAGAAUUUACGGGUUUUGGAGUUGAAUGGCAACAAUUUAGGGAGUGGUCACAUCUCUGUAAGUGAUCUCACAUCACUCAGAAAAUUGAGGCUCACUAGUGCUAAUUUGAAUGAAUCCAGCUUCCCAUUGUACCAAGAAUUGUCAAAUUUGUGGAAGCUACGAGUACUGGAUUUGUCUUACAAUUAUUUUUCUAGUGAUAUCCAAGGUACUUGGCUUUGUAGAUUAAGGAAUCUUCAGGAAUUGUAUCUUUUUUAUAAUAUGUUCAAGGGUAGCAUACCUCCUUGUAUUAACAACUUCACAUCCCUGCAAUCCUUGGUUCUCUCAUAUAACAACUUUGAGGGCAAAUUUUCCAUGCAUUCUUUGGCCAACCACUCUAAGCUUCUAUAUUUAGGGCUAUCAAGAAAUAAAUUACAAGUCCAAACAGAAGAUGCAUUAUGGACACCCACUUUUCAGUUGCAAUUCUUAGACUUAAGGGAUUGUAGGUUGAAUGAGCCACAUGGAACUAUUCCCAAAUUUUUGUCAUAUCAAUACAAUCUGAAUGGCAUUGCCCUUUCCGGCAAUAACUUGGUGGGAUCUUUCCCAACUUGGUUGCUCACCAAUAACUCUCACCUUCAAGAUUUGUUCUUGUUUAACAACUUUCUUACAGGAAAUCUUCAGCUUCCUCACCAUACGAAACCACUUUAUGAGAUGACACAGUUGUCAAUCUCAAAUAAUAGUUUUUGUGGUGAGCUACCUAAAACUAUUGGUCUUGUGCUCCCCAACAUUAAAACAUUAAACUUGGCAGAGAACUCUUUUGAAGGACAAAUUCCAUCUUCAAUCAGUCAAAUGUCAAAUCUACAAGGAUUGGAUAUGUCCCACAAUAACUUCUCUGGGGAAUUACCAAGCAGGUUGCUCAGCAACUUAAGCUCCUUAGUGACUUUGAGAUUAUCAAACAAUAAUUUGCAAGGAGAAGUAAUUCCAGACCAUAUGAACCUACCUUCUUUAUCCUGGUUAAAGUUGAGUAACAAUAAUUUUGGUGGGAAAAUCAAGGAUGCCCUUAUUAAGUCAAGGAAUCUGCAAGCAUUUGAUAUCUCCAACAACAAGGUAUCCGGUCGGCUUCCAUAUUGGAUUAAUAGUAAGUUCCGAAACUUGAAAGUACUCCAACUAGGUGGUAACCGACUACAAGGCCAGUUACCCUUACAGUUGUGUGAGUUAGCUCAUAUAAAUAUAUUAGACAUAUCACACAACAACCUAUCUGGAGUGGUACCAGCAUGUUUCAAAAAUAUGUCAUUUGGAAGGAGAUCAAUUGAUUCUUUUUAUACUGAGUAUACAAAUCCAGAAGAAGUGAAUGUCCUCGUAAAGAAUGAUUAUCUCACAUAUGCAGGACCCAAGCAAGUACUAACUAUGUCAGUGUUAGAUUUGUCAUGCAACAAACUUACGGGUUUGAUCCCGCCAGAACUAGGUGAGCUUGAACAACUCCAUUCCUUGAAUUUUUCACAUAACUAUUUAUCAGGACCCAUUCCUAGUAGCUUUUCCAAUCUGAAACAAAUUGAGGGUUUAGACCUUUCCUUCAAUAAUUUGAGCAGCAACAUCCCAUCCCAACUAGUUGAGCUCAACUUCUUGGCUGUCUUCAAUGUGUCAUACAACAACUUGUCUGGAAGAGUGCCAGCUACAGGACAGUUUGGUGACUUUGAUGAGAGCAGCUAUCUCGGGAACCCUGGACUAUUUGGGUUUCCGGGAAGUGACUUACAUAAUCAAACACGAGUGAUGCCGCCUAGUUCUCUUACCAAAGACGGAGGAGAUGGAGACCACCACGAAACUUUUGUAGAAGACUUCUUAUGGAGCUUUGGAAUGUCGUGUGCAACUAUAUUUCUAGCAACGAUUGCAGUCCUGCACAUCAACCCUCGUUGGCGUCAAGCUUGUUUUGAUUUUGUUGAUUGGUAUAUUCUUUGGUGGUUACCAAUGUCAUGGCGGUCUUUGUACUAAAUAUCUGUAUUCUAUCUCUUGUGAUUGUAUUAUAGUAGCAAGCUAUUAUGUUAUCUGGUACAAUAAACUUUGAUUAGUAAUCUAGUAAGCAGUUUCCCCUCUAA